AUGAAUUUGACUAUAAUAUUUAGCAUUUCUUUAGCAAUCCUCGUAGUAAGCUGGUAUAUCUCUGAGUACACCCAUUUCCACCACACCCCAAGGAUGGUCACUAAAAUCUUUGCAGCUGAACUCGACAAGGACUCGAAAUCUGGAAAAAUAUUCAAGGUAAUUGGAGGGGAAAACCAAAAUAUCGUCGACCCCUUUUUAUCAUUCGAGCAUUUCAUAUUAGAAAAGCCUUAUGGAUUUAACGAUCACCCACACAGAGGCACUGACAAGGUUACUUAUAUUAUUGGAGGCGAAAUGAUAUAUGAAGAUUUUAGAGGAAACGUAGGAGCACUAUCUGCAGGAGACGCAAUGUGGAUGACCAGUGGCAAAGGAAUGGUCCAUGCAGAAAUGCCUUUGAGUGACACUGUAGAAGGGGUCAGGGUAGAAAUUUUGCUGAAAAAUGACUUCAGGAUGUGUGACCCUGCUUAUCAAUAUUUAAAAAGUGACGAAAUUGCGACUGCUGAAGACAGUUAUGCAAGGGUUAAAGUAAUUGCAGGAGAAAGCAUGGGGAGGGCUUCACAUACAAUUACACGAACUCCUGGGCUGUUCUUAAUUUUUGAUCUUGGGAAAGGCGGGGAGGCGUUCCAAGAAAUCCCACAAGGCUGGAAUGCAGUCAUAUAUGUCCUGCAGGGUCGAAUCGAAAUCCAAGGUGACGAAAUCAAAGCAAGGCAUGGAGCAGUUUUAUCACAAUGGGAUAAUGAUCUUACUGUAAAAUCCAAAAAAGGAGCAACUUUCAUUUUAAUAGCAGCUGAGCCUAUGGACGAAAUGAUGGUGCAGUUCGGCCCUUACGUGAUGCCUAACUAUCCACUAGUAGAAAAAGCUCACCGUGACUUUAAGAACGGCCAAGAUGGCUUCGAGGGUGCUCCUGAAUGGAAAUCGACCAUAGGAAAGCAGCUUAAUCAGUAA